AACACAUAUAUCGUUGCAAUCUUGACUGACAACAGCAAAUUUCAUCAUUAUGUUAAAAGGAUUUAUUAAAAGAAAUUAGAAUACAGAGGUUAAUAGUUUUACAAAUAUUAAGGUUUUUAUUACAGUGUAUUUGAUCUUUCAUUGGUUUUAUUUGAAAUUGCAAAAAAGAAUUUGAUAAGAAGUUAACGUCGAAAAAAGAUAAUAAUCAACGAGAAAUGAAUUAUUCUGUUUCGAAAUUAAUAAUGUAAUAACAAAAGACGAUGAGAAACAAUUAAAAAUUUAUUCGAAGUUCGUAGCACGGAUAUAUUACAAUUAUGAGCUGAGAUUCGUACGUGAUUACAAAUAUGAAAAAGUCACAACUGGAAAAAAUUUUUAAACAAAAGAUAGUAAAAAAGAAAUGUAUAUAAUCUAUCCUUCUUGGCAAUAAAAGAUAUUUUAAAUACAUAUAUACAAAAAUAAUAUUAAUAUGAGUAACAUAACAUCCCCAAAAGUUACAUUAAAAUCAGUGCUACGACUUAAUAAUAAUGAUUUCAAAGAAUUCAUAUGCGGUUGGGGUGCAGCUGUUAUUAAUGUUUCUAUUACCUUUCCUCUUAAUAAGAUCAUAUUCAGGCAGAUUUUAGAAGGUGUUCCAGCAGGUACUGCUUUACAACAAUUAUCUCAAGAAGGAAUAAAAUUAUUAUAUCGAGGCAUUCUACCACCAUUGUGUCAAAAAACUCUAUCAGUUAGUUUAAUGUUUAGUACAUAUGAAGGAUGUAAACAAAGAUUGUACAUGUUAACAGAAAAUGAAUUGGUUGCCAAAAUAUUAGCUGCCAAUAUGGCUGGUGCUGCAGAAGCUAUUCUCACGCCACUUGAAAGAGUACAAACACUAUUGCAAGAUUGGCGGUAUUAUGAUAAAUUUAAAAAUACUCCUCAUGCAUUCAAAUAUCUACUAACUAAUUAUGGAGUAGCAGAAUGUUAUCGUGCUUUGGUCCCUAUCAUCUACAGAAAUGGAUGUUCUAAUCUUAUGUUCUUUACUCUUCGUGAUCAAUCAAAAGUAUUAUUAGGCAAUCAAGAAUCAUUGUUAACAAAUUUUAUUUGUGGAGCUUUAAUUGGUGGUUUUACUAGUACGGUAUUUUAUCCCAUGAAUGUAAUUAAAAUACAUAUGCAAUCUAAGAUAGGUGAACCGUUUGAAAAAUUUACAGCAGUUUCACGUGAAAUAUAUAUAUCUAGAAAUAAAAGUAUAAGAUGGUUUUAUAAAGGUGUGCAUUUAAAUUAUAUACGUUCUUUUAUUAGUUGGGGUAUAAUAAAUGCAUCUUAUGAUUUUUUGAAAACUAUUAUAUUUUAAAAAAGUCAAAAUGUAUAUAAAUAAUACUAGCAAAAUUUAGUUUAUUAAUGUCUUAAGUGUUACUAUCUUAUUAAGUGUGUUAAGCGCACAUUAAUUCUAUUGCAAAAUAACAGGAGUGCAUAGAUAAGACUUAUUUUACAUACAAUUUAUUGUGAUACACUAUUUUUGCGUAAUUUCUUUUUGUAGAAUAAGUAAACUUAGCAAUUAUUAGUAAAAAUAUUUUGCAAGAAUGUUUAAUAUUUUGUCUUACAUAAAUUUCAUAUAAUUCAUAUAUUUAUUGAAAAUAUUUGAUCCUCUCUUUAUUAUAAAUAUUUUUAAUUCAUUUUUUAAUCAAAUGUAAUCACUGAAUGGUACUAAAUAAACACAACAUGAUCAUUGGUUGUU